AUGGCAGUACUGCUCGAAAACACAGCCAACUGUAUAUGGCUCGCCUUCGAGGCUCUUCAGCAGGACAAGUCGGGUACCGUGCACAAAUCAAAGUUGAAGGUUCUGACUGCGAAUAUAGGAACCUUGCUCGACCUUUAUGGUGUGGAAAAAGGGCUGGAACACUACCGCAGCGCAUUGACACUCACUUUCAAUCAGUUCAAGUACUACCUCAAGACAGAAGUGUUCUCCUCUCUUCCCAACAAACUCCAUCUGUCAGAACUCCGCAUUUACGAACACAAAAUCGCAGAAGUAUGCUGGCUCGUAUGCAGAAGGAAAUACCUUUCGAGAGACCUCAGCGUGUUCUCAGAAGAUUCCUUGUUCCAACUAUUCCGGAUAUUUUGUGUAUUAGCGGAACUGGCACCAGACCAAAACGAUGACAAUAUUUACCAAGCAAUCAUGCAUCCAACAGAAGUGUGCAACAUCGCUCAUUCAUUAUCCAGUUCUUUAGGCUGCGUUUUUGACGAAGAAGAUUUCAUGAAUCUCAGUAUCGCUGUUGGCAGUUUUCGACUAACUCCUUUCAUAGCAAUAUUAGAAUCAAGAUGCUUGAACAAUGUUGAUGAUAGCUUAGCCAUUACUGAAGCAGUAACUGACAUUCACCAGAAAAUAGUUGAAGAUGUUAUCAAGAAAGGUUACCUUUCAAAAAGAGGCUACAUUUUUCCCACCAUGAAGGAAUACUGGUUCGUCUUGAGGCCGUCUGAACUAGCUUACUUUAAAGCCAAGAACGAAAAAGUCAAGUGUGGAUCACUGCCUAUAGAACCAGGAUGCAAAAUAGAACCGAAAACUGGUUAUAAAAUCAUGCUGCACACGUCUGAAAGGUCUUUUGAACUGGGCACGUCCGAUCAUAUGUCGAGACUGCAGUGGAUAUCUGCUCUUCAGUUGGCAUCAGAUCAUGCAGGGGGAUUCCAGGGCUAUCAACAGCUACAAAUAGCGAAGCGGAGACUACAGAGGCAAGGCAGAGUACAGGAAAUGGUCAGAGCGAGGGUCCAACUCCAGCAGGAGAGGAGUGCAAGACAAGCUGCCGAAGGUCAAGCCAAAGAGUUGGAGGCGGUUGUGAAAGAGGAGGCGAAGAAACUCACGGAGUUGGAGCAGUUGAGAACCAAGCUGGAGAGGCUCCUGGAAGAAGAAACUCAGGCGAAGAGAGAUGAAGAAAUAGUGAGAGGGUUACAAGCUCGAGUCUUAGCAGAAGAAUGGGAGAAAAGAGACGAAUUAGAGAGGCUGCAAGACGAGCAGAGACUACUUCUGGAGGAGGAAAGGGAAAAGAGGAAAGAGUACGAAGAGCGACAGAGACAGAAAGAGGAACAAUUAAGAAAUGCUGAAGAACGUCUUGCACAACUAGAAGAAGAACGCCAAGAUCUCGACAACCAGUUGAAAACAGCGAACCAAAAAAUCAGAUUUGCCGAAGACAAGAAAGAAUUACUCGAAGCUAAACUUUAUCAAGCUAUACCCGUUCUGAGAGAAGGUGACAGAGUGAGGCGAGCUCACUCUUUCGUACCGAGCACCAAAGAGCGGCCAGUCAUUUUGGAAGUCCGGUCUGGAACUCUGAAGCGGCCUAGCAAUCAUUUGUGA